AUGCCUUCUCCACCCCCAGCCUGGGUCCAGGCCUUGAAGCCGGCCGACCCGCAGGGCUCCGAACUCCUGUCCCAGGAGCGCGCCCAGUCGAACGUCAACGUCGACAAACUGGCAGAAUUACUACACACGAAGGAGUUUCUGGACCGACAAGACCGUCUUCUGGCGUUGCUCCAGUCCGAGAAGAUCUUCGACAAGUCUCAGAAUCACACAUUGGGCCGCACUGAGCGGAUCCAACUGUCGCUGGCCAAGGCUAAGCGGCUGCAACAGUUGGCCGAAAAGCACAACUGGUCGUUCGACGAGUACCACUUGGCUAAUGACCUGCUGGCUGAGCCUACUCCUUACGGUCUCCAUGCAUCCAUGUUCUUAGUGACAUUAAGAGAACAAGGAACUCCCGAGCAGCACAAGCUUUUCUUAGAACCCGCUCAAAAAUACCAGAUUGUGGGUUGCUAUGCGCAAACGGAGUUGGGUCACGGGUCUAAUGUGCGUGGUUUGGAAACCACCGCCACUUGGAACCCGGAGGACAAGACUUUCACUAUCCAUUCGCCCACUCUGACGGCGUCCAAGUGGUGGAUUGGUUCGCUGGGUCGGACUGCCAACCACGCAGUGGUGAUGGCACAGCUACAUAUUGGCGGCAAGAACUACGGCCCCCAUCCGUUCCUCGUCCAGGUCCGCGACCUCAAGACGCAUCAACCACUGGAGAACGUCUACGUGGGUGAUAUUGGGCCUAAGUUUGGUUACAACACCAUGGACAACGGUUUCCUUUUGUUCAACCAUGUCAAGAUUCCCCAUGUGAACAUGCUCGCUCGCUUCUCUCGCAUCGACAAGGAAACCGGUAAGUACAUGCGUCCCGCCUCUCCGUCUCUCGUGUACGGAACCCUCACCUGGGUGCGGUCGAACAUCGUUCUCCAAGCCGGAGGCGUGCUAGCGCGCGGCGUCACAAUCGCCACCCGGUACUGUGCGGUUCGGAAACAAUUCCAGGACCGUGAUGCCACCGGCAACACGGGCGAGAACCAGGUUCUCAACUACAAGAUGGUUCAGAUCCGACUGCUCCCCUUGUUGGCAUCCAUGUAUGCCCUGCAUUUUACCGGCCGUGGAAUGAUGCGUCUCUACCAGGAGAACCAGAAUCGGAUGAAAGCGGCCGCCCAGCCGGGACAGGAUAGUCGAGGUGCUGGUCCGGAAGAGCUCCGAGCCGGUGCUGAUCUCCUUGCUGAUCUCCAUGCUACUUCCUGUGGUCUCAAGGCCUUGGCUAGUACCACGGCCGGAGAGGGCUUGGAAGUCUGUCGUCGUGCCUGUGGUGGCCACGGAUACAGCAGCUACAGUGGUAUUGGCCCAUGGUACUCUGACUAUCUCCCUACCCUUACCUGGGAAGGUGACAACUACAUGUUGACCCAGCAGGUAGCUCGAUACCUCCUCAAAUCCGCCCGCUCUGUCCUUGCAGGAAAACCCUCCAAUAAUGACACCUGCCAAAUCCUCCAAAACUACCUCUCCCGCCGAGACAAGGGCGCCUCAUUUGAUGUCCUCGAAGUCGACAGCGACAUCGUAGCCGCAUUUGCAUGGCGCACAGCCCAUCUAACAUUCGAGGCUCUGAAGCACCGCGACGUGGAGAAGCGAUCAUGGAACAGUCUGCUAGUUGAUUUCUGGCGUCUAUCAACGGCGCAUUCGCAGUAUCUCGUUGUCAAGAACUUUUACGAGGCUGUGACAUCGCCACAGUUGACUGCUGCUCUGGAUCCUGAAACUACCACGCUCAUGCAUAAGCUUUUCCGGCUUUAUGCGCUGCAUACACUUGAGCGUGAAGCUGCUGAGUUCUUCUCCUCUAGUGCUGUGACGACUCGUCAAAUCAGUCUGGCGCAAACAAAUGCUGUUAUGAAACUGCUUGAUGAGAUCCGCCCGCAUGCUGUGCGUCUUGUCGAUGCGUGGAAGAUCCCUGAUUGGCAGCUUGAUAGCAGUCUGGGUCGCUAUGAUGGUGAGGUUUAUCCGGAUUUGUUCCGUCGGGCGAGCCAGAAUCCAGUCAAUGAUCUGGUGUUUGAUCCUUAUCCGUGGAAUGAGGCAGUGUUGAAGAAUGCUCCUCCCAGGAGCAAGCUGUAG